AUGGCUUCUGACUAUUCCUCCACUUGCUGCUCUUCUGAGUCGGGUGUCAGGGCUUCUGAUCGUGCACUUGCUUCAACCAGUUCCGUGGAAACCACUUGUCUCCCCAGUGCCUGUGCUACAUCCAGAUGCCAGGCCCCCAGUCUCCUAUGGAGGUCUCGCGUGCCAACUGGGUGCCUCGUGCCGUGCUGCUUUGCUGGGAGUUGUAAUGUUCCGUGCUUGGUGGGGAACUGUGCCUGGUGUGAGGAUGGCAUGUUCAACAGCAACGAGAAGGAGACGAUGCAGUUUCUAAAUGACAGACUCGCCAAAUAUCUGGAGAAGGUGCGGGGGCUGGAGGAGAUGAAUGCAGAGCUGGAAUGCAGGAUCCGAGAACAGUGUGAAGAGGAUGUCCCCUUGGUGUGCCCUGAUUAUCAGUGUUACUUCGACACCAUUGAAGAUAUCCAGCAAAAGAUCUUGUGUACAAAGGCAGAGAAUUCUAGAGUUGCUGUACAGCUUGACAACUGCAAACUGGCUGCCGAUGACUUCAGGUCAAAGUACGAGUCUGAACUGUCUCUUCACCAGCUGGUAGAGAAUGACAUCAGUGGCCUGCGUGGGAUCCUGUGUGAGCCAACCCUGUGCAAAUCCAAUCUGGAGGCGCACGCGGAUUCUCUGAAGGAUGAUCUCCUUUGCCUUAAGAAAAACCAUGAAGAGGAGGUCACCGUGCUUUGUGGACAGCUGGGUGACCAACUCAGUGUGGAGCUAGACACUGCCCCCAGCAUGGACCUCAACAGGGUCCUGGAUGAGAUGCGUCGUCAGUAUGAAAUUGUGCUCACCAACAACCGCAGAGAUGUGGAAGAAUGGUUUGCCGUUCAGACGGAGGAACUGAAUCAGCAGUAGCUGUCCAGCGCAGAGCAGCUGCAGGGCUGCCAGAUGGAGAUCUUGGAACUGAAACGCACAGCCAAUGCUCCGGAACUUGAGUUCCAAGCACAGCAAAGCCUGACAGAAUCUCUGGAAUGCACCGUGGCAGAAACCGAGGCCCAGUACAGCUCCCAGCUGGCCCACAUACAGUGCCUGAUUGAUAAUGUGGAGAAGCAGCUGGCCGAGAUCCGCUGCGAUCUCGAACGGCAGAACCAGGAGUAGGAGGUGCUGCUGGACACCAAGGCCCGGCUGGAGUGUGAGAUCAACACACACUGGGGGCUGCUGGAGAGCGAGGAGUGCAGGCUUCCCUGUAACCCAUGUUCUGCAACAAGCACGUCAAACAACACUUGUGAGCCAUGCUUGGCAUACAUAAUUUGAACAAUGGAAAACUGCUGUACAUGA